AUCUACCGGAGGACUUGCAAGCAGAGGAACAUUUCUCUUCUGUGACCUUGCACCCACUACCACCACCACCUUCUAUAUUCACCACCACCACCACCAGCAUCAUCACCACCACCUUCUGUAUUAUUCUCCUCUAGCUUUUGUUGUUUUGCUUUUCCAAUUUCUCCAAGACUAAUUUCAUAGCCUUUUCUCUCCUACCCUUUUCAGAUUUUCCUUUUCUUGAGCUAUCACAUCCACAAAUGGUGCUAUCAAAAUUUCGUGGCCAUAGGUUUUUCAAGUUCAGAAGCAGUCCAGUUCAUAAUUCUUCUUCUUUUGGAUUAUUACUUGAUGUAUAAUCUCAAAAAAUCCUCUCCACAACCAUAUUCCAGCAAUUAGCCUUUUAUUAAUCUAUACAUCUAUCUCUCUAUUGGUUCACAAAAAGCUAACUCUUCUCUUCUCUAGUCUCUUCCACCUAUCAAAUACUGUUCUUGCAUAGGUCUCUCAGAUUCUUAUCUCUUAAAAUAUCUGCACAGCUUUUUUUAAAUAUUGAUCUUUUCUGGGUUUAAUUCAGAGACUGAUGUUUGCCAAGGACUACGAGUUUGCACGUGGAGUUCUUGUUGAAAUGACUUGGAUUAUGCUAUGUGUGGAUUACUCGAGGCUUUUUUGGUUAUUGUUUGGUGUUUUUUCCUACGAAAAUCAUGAGGGAAAGCCUCGGAUAAUCUAGCACAAGCUCUACAUCCAUAUCCACUCUCCAUCUUCAAUAAUUUCUAUAGAUUGUAGUGUUUGACAACAAAUAUCAUAUAUAAAGUAUAUUUUUAGCUGAUACAAACACGUAUUUAAGAGGGCUGCAACUAAAAAAUUCUCUGCUGGUGUGGGUUUCUCAUCAUCCAUGUACAGGACGCGAUUAGGAGGUUGCGUUGACGGAGCCAAGGCACAUCUUGGAUAUGUUGAAACCGAUCCUUCUGGUCGAUAUGGGCGUCUCAGAGAAGUUCUAGGCAAAGGAGCCAUGAAGACUGUGUAUAAGGCUUUUGAUGAGGUUCUUGGAAUGGAGGUUGCCUGGAAUCAAGUGAAACUUAAUGAUGUUUUACGUUCACCAGAGGAGUUGCAGCGGCUAUACUUAGAGGUUCAUCUCCUUAAGAACCUCAAUCAUGACUUCAUCAUAAAAUUCUACGCAUCUUGGAUUGAUAUUCAUCGAAGAACCUUCAACUUCAUCACCGAAAUGUUAACCUCAGGAACCCUAAGAGAGUACAGAAAGAAGUACCAGCGAGUGGAUAUUCGAGCAAUCAAGAACUGGGCACGCCAAAUCCUCCAUGGACUUGCUUAUCUUCAUGGCCAUGAUCCUCCUGUGAUUCAUAGAGAUCUCAAGUGCGAUAAUAUUUUUGUCAAUGGCCAUCUUGGGCAAGUCAAGAUUGGUGAUCUAGGCCUAGCAGCUAUUCUUCGUGAGUCACAACAUGCUCGCAGUGUCAUAGGCAAUUUCUCUUCCCCUCUUUUCUUUAUUACAUAUAUAACACGUAAUUUUGAUCCCUCGAUGUGUUUCCUUUGCGCUUCUGAUUGGAAUUCAUCAGGAACCCCUGAAUUUAUGGCGCCAGAAUUAUAUGAAGAGGAAUAUAAUGAACUGGUGGAUAUUUAUUCCUUUGGGAUGUGUGUGUUAGAAAUGCUCACUUCUGAUUACCCAUACAGUGAGUGCUCGAAUCCUGCCCAAAUAUACAAGAAAGUGACUUCGGGAAAGUUGCCAGAGGCUUUCCACAGGAUUAAAGAUGUUGAAGCCCAGAAAUUUGUGGGGAAAUGUUUGGAGACUGCUUCAAAGAGAUUGCCUGCGCGGGAGCUCUUGUUGGACCCUUUUCUUGCAUCUGAUGAACCCAAAUUGCUGCCCGUCCCAAAAAUCCCAUUUCAAAUGUCUUCUCCUAAUGGAACAGAGGAGAUCAAUCCAUCUUUGUUGGCUGAUCCAACCAAGGCCACAGAUAUGACAAUUACAGGAACUAUGAAUCCUGAAGAUGACACAAUUUUCCUCAAAGUGCAAAUUUCUGACAACGAUGGUCGCACAAGGAACAUAUACUUUCCCUUUGACACCAUGAACGACACUGCAAUUGACGUUGCAUCAGAGAUGGUGAAAGAAUUGGAGAUCACUGACUGGGAACCAAUGGAGAUUGCUAAAAUGAUAGAGGAGCAAAUAACAUCUUUAAUUCCAAGCUGGAAACAGUGGGUCUUCUCCCAAGUCUAUCAGCAGCACAGCUUUAACUAUGAUGAUGGUGAUGGUGAUGGUGAUGAUGAUGAUGAAGAGGACGGAACCAGUCAUCCUUUCCACUCCAUCUCCUCGCGUUCUUCUUCCCAGGCUUCUCUUUUGGCUUUAAACUCUUCCUAUGAGAAGCAGCAUCAACAUGGAAGCAACCAAGACUGGCUUCAAGAAGCAGCAUUUAUGAAUGAUGAUGCAAGUUCUCAAAGUUCGUUCGACUACUCGACUUUCAAUUACGGCUCAGGCAAUGAAGAUGACAUCGAGAACAGAGGAGAGCCUCACUGCUUUACGAGGACCCAUAAGUCUACAAGAUUCUGUCCUGCAGACAGCUUGUGUGCGAAACAAUUUAGACAAAGCAAUUGGCAUUUGGAUUCUUGGGAAUGCAGUAGUUCAAAUCCCCAACGAAAACUAAGCAGGAUCCGGUCACUUGUUGAUGUUCGUAGUCAGUUGUUGCAUCGCUCACUGCUGGAGGAGAUUCACAAAAGGAGAUUGUUCAAGACUGUGGGAGAUGUUGAGAAUAUUGGAUUUCAAAAGUCUGGGUUUACAGAUGAUGAAAAGCAAAGAUUUAAACGGUGAGAAAAAAAGAGAGGAACAUCCCAUUUAAUGUUCUUUUAAUUAGUUGAUGGAUAGCUUUGUCUUGUAAGGUAGCUUUGCAGUGUGUUUUUCUAUGCUAUGCUUGUAAAAACUGACAACACCUUCAACGGGUUUUGGGUUUUGUUGAAUCAAAUAAACCAUUGUCCUGAUCCUGGACAAAUCAUAUCAGAUGCAUACGAUAUCUCUUUAAUUGGAUAUCGUUUAUGAAAUAAUUUAUCAGAUCCUGGCGUGAAAUUUUUGCUCUUC